UGUAGUAUUGAAGAGCCGCCUUCUAAUGACCUUUUAAGAAUGGCAUCAUUCAUGGCAAUAAAACCCCAAUAGCUGGAGCACUGCAUUGAGGGCAAUAGGGAAAGUCAGUCUUUCAAUGUGGUGGCUCUCGAGCCACGUUCUGGGAGUUCUCCUCUUCCUCACACAUUUAGGGAUCAGGGUGAUGCUGAAAAGCCCUCCUGACGUGCUUGUACUAGCCAGGGAGCUAGUACAAUUUUGUUACUUCAAGGCAGGAGAAAGGCUGCUUACUCUUGUGGCCAGUUAUUUUAGUUAAUCCUCCACCCUGAAGACUCAGAGCUGUGGUUGUAUUCAAGGAAAGGAGGAGAUAGCAAAAACCACUUUAAUUGCCUCCAUUUCCCCCCUCCCAACUAGUCUGGGAAAAGAGCAUGCAGUCCAAAGUGGGAGGCAGCAGCAGAUGCUUCCCAUUACAGCAGUCAGGGAAAAAUGAAGAGAUUUAGGCUAUAGCUUGAAAAUGCUGGUAGCAGAGUUAUAUGAUUUGGUUGCUUCUGCUGAUAAGCUUCUGAACUUGAUUUUCCAGGAAGGUCCAGCUGCUCUCUGCUUUUAUGACUGUGUAGUGCUAAAUAGAUCUGGAAGGUACAGAAGUAAUAGAAUUCUUUCUGUGUUUCUUUCAGAAGAUGAUAGUCAAACCACUACUGUCAAGACAACCACUUCUGCAAUAACAUCAAAAGCUGUGGAACCUGAGACUACAGCAACUUCACAAACAACAACAACAACAACUACAGUGCCAGCACCAGUGCUGACAGCAACUGCCGCCAGAACUACACAAGAAACCAGCACAAACAGCCCCACGCCUUCUUCACCUAAUGCGACAUCACAAACAACACAAGUUAUAACAGAAAAACCAACAACAGUGACUUCAGCAGCAACUACAAGUCUCAGCACAACAAACACUACACAAACAAGUGGAGCACAAUUGGCACAAAAUGAGAGUUUGGAUUCUGCAUCUACUACAGGACAGUCUUUUUCUUCUACAGUGUCUCCAAAAGGAAACACUUCUGCUUCUGGAACCCCAGGUCUUCACAUGAUCUCGCCAACAACUUCAACAAAGCCAACUUCUGAAAGUCCUAAAAGCAGUUCUGGAAACCAGACUCAUACAGGGAGUAAUAUCAGCUAUUCUAAUGUUAUCUUGCCAAUUGUCAUCACCCUGAUAGUCAUUACCCUCUCUGUCUUCUCACUGGUGGCUUUGUACAAAAUGUGCCAGAAGAAAACUCCAGAGAGACAAGAGAAUGGCGCUGAACAGGCCCAGUCAGAUAAAGACGGAGUCAAACUUCUUUCUGUGAAGACAACUUCUUCUGAGACUGGAGAGCACUCAUCUCACGGGAAGAAUAAAACUCGGCAACUCUUCACAUCUCAGCAAUAAAUAUAUGUGAAGGAGCCUGUUUUGCCAUAAUAUGCAGAACAUCUCACCAAAGUUGCAUUUCAAUGGGAAAUGUGGAGAAGCUGAAGCUUUUUACCAUCAGGACACUUCUGUUAAUGGCUAGGUUUUGUCUUCUAAAUCUCAAGCAUCUCCUUUCCCUUCUGGGAUGACAUGUAAUUUUUUUGAUGGCUUAAUAACUGGUAUACCAUGUAUAUUUAUUAUUUUCACAUAUAGUAAAAGCAGGGAAACAAGGUUGAGGAGAAUGUAAAAACAAGAUGAGUGAAGAUGAUAUAGAAAUUUGGUGAUGUUUGCAUAGUAGCUACUAAAAAUAUUUUCUGCACACACAGGAAGGAAUAUGUCAGCAUAUUUUGUUGAACUUAUGGUGGCUAGGGAUAUUUUAGUUGUAUGUAGCAGAAUACAAACAGGACCUGACCCUUGGAACAGGACUGGGCAAACAGCCACUAUGAAAAUUAAUUCAGUGAUUUGCAUGAGACUCCUCACUGUAGCACAUGCUUUGCUUGUCAUAAAUGUUUACAGGGUGGGAUGCCAGGCUGAGAUGCUGAAGUGUAUGCUUCUUUUCUGUGAAGGGAGGAAUAUACCUUGCACUGAGGCUCUUUGAAAUUCUGUAAAUUACUGAAUAUAAUCUUUGCAACGUAGCAGGCAAUAGUUGGUUUUCACCUGUUCCUUGGCUAAUUGCAUUAUGCGAGCUGCAGAUAUGGCUCCCAUAUAGCCUGGGGCACACAGUGGGAAAUCAGCAAGGUAAGCAAUUUCCCAGAUGAACCUUCCUUGUGUUCUGAGUAAUGUAUGGAAUUCCUGCGGGUUAUUGAAUAACUCUGGAAGUUCAAAGAGCGUUUCAAGUGCUAAUUACAGACACUCUUAAUUUGUACAGAGCUGACAGUUCCAAAAUAUCAAGUAGUGCUUCUGCCUGCAUGUACCCUACCUUUCUAGAACUAUAAAUGUUUGAAAGUUAUAUUACUGUGAGCAUCUGCUCAGUCUCAAUCCACUGACUGUAGCAUUCCAAGGAUUAUGGUUUUUUUAAUUGGGAAAUGGAAAGAAGACAACUUUUGGGACAAUCAUCUAAGUUUUGAUACCUAUUGAUACAAUGCUUUUGAGGAACUUUUCUCUCCAAUUUCCUUCUCUGAAAUACUAAAACCUGCCUAUCAUUAUGGUGAGAGAUUGGGCAGAUUUAUUACUUCAUGUCUAUAGACAAAUCUGAAAAGUGUUUAUUUCCCUGUGCUUGGCCACUGCUCUUACUUCUGCUUUGGUGGGUCUGAUAAUCUUCUUUCUUAGUGGCACCAUGAGAGACUUUUGGUGAAGCUCAAUAAAAGAUGGGAAACUAGCAAGUGUCCAUGCUGCAACUGAACUUACGUGGUUCAUUCAGGUAUUCCUGGAUCACUUGUUUUCCUCAGGAGCAGAGAAGUCUUGGAUGCCUGCUUUGGAAAGGUUGGGCCAUCUAAAAUAUGCAAGUUGGUAUCUGCAACUAUUCUGGUUCCUGGCUGAAGAGGUUUCCUUCCAAAAAAAACCAGUCAUGGUGGAUUUUCACGUUGAUUAAAAACCCAAAGUAUUUUGUAGUGUAUUGUAUCAUAGUGAAAGGACAGUAGAGAAAAGAAGAGAAAUAUUGUGAAAUAUCUGUUUGUGGUUUUGUGCAAAAUCUGUUCAGAAACUACCAUGUUGUGUCAAGAAAAAAUUUUACUGCCUAUUAAAAUUUAUUAUCUUUAUUAAGUAGCUAUCCUUUUCUGUUUUCAGAAAUACAAUCCAUUGCACAUGUCUAGCACAA